AUGACACUGGUCUCCGACGACGGAUCGAUUUCAGUGAUCCAACAAUUCUCUCCGAAACUGCCAGAUGAGAUAGUACUACGGAUCAUGAAGUACCACUGCAACAACCAGAUCGAAGGUGUCCUCCUUGUGCAUUACCAAGGCUCUUUUGAGCUUCCAGGCAUUCCCAGGUUCUAUAUCAUCCAGCAUUCCCUAGUAUCCUGGAGGGAAGACGAAGAGCGCGAGAGCUACACGGACCCGUACUCCUCCAUCGGCUCAGGGUAUAUUCAACAAAUCCUACAAGUUCGGCUUGUGAGCAAGGUGUUUGCACGCUGCACGCUCGACGCUUUCUUCACGAGCCCUAUUGUGUUUCAGCAUAGCGUGUCGGAUCUCCAUGGCAUGAAGCCUACGUGGUUUCUCCCAUGCCAAAUUGAACCCCAGCUCGUCCGACGCCGUAUACCAAUCAAGGCCCGCUACUACAAGCUGCCCAGGGAUGCCACCUCGAGUAUGGACAUUGAGACGGACAUACAGUGUGAGAAGACGGGUAUGGACCUGGCUUUGAGCAAGCAAAUUCAUCUGCCGACAAUACACGAGCUUGGCGCACGUCUCUUUGCCCACGAACCUGCCCGAGUCUUUAUCCAUAAGCAUGAUGGUCUUGUUGUCCGGGGUAUCCAGUUCACAGGUUGUUUCGAGAGGACAUCAUUCUAUCCUCGUGUCUGGAGCGAGAAGACCAUCCAAAUGUUCUUCAUCCUGCUUCAGCACCCAGAUUGGCGCUCAGCCGAUGUUCCCCCUGGCUCCGAAUUCGUUCUGAACCUAAGUUAG